AUGCUCGGCUGGGUCGUUGGUGGUUGCUGCGAUGUGAAUACGACAGCAGAACAGACAGUUUACUCACACUCCGUCACGGUGGAUAAUUUGAAUUCGUUGAUACAACGUUUUUGGGAGGUGGAAGAGGUGCAUUCUGCUUCUAAGGUUUGCACUGAAGAGCAAGAAUGUGAACUGCAUUUCCAAGCCACACAUCGUCGUGAUGCAACGGGUAGAUACGUAGUUCAACUGCCACUCCGCAACACGCUGGAUGAACUUGGUGACUCCAGACAAGUGGCCUUGAGAAGAUUUUAUGCUUUGGAAAAAAGACUUGCUCAGCAACCAGAAUUAAAGCAACAGUAUACAGAAUUCAUGGCUGAAUAUGAGGACCUUGGUCACUGUAAAGAAAUAGACGAAAAUAAGGACAUGUCGGUGUUUGAUGCUUCAGCUAAGGUCUCUGGACGCUGCCUCAACGAUGUUUUAAAGGUAGGUGCUAUCAACCAGAGCGACCUGCAAUCCAUAGUCCUUCGGUUCCGUGAGCCAUGUUAUGUUUUGUCUGCCGACAUUACAAAGAUGUAUCGGGAAAUUAUCGUCGACGAGUGUCACACACCGUUACAACGUGUGUUCUGGAGAAUUGAUCCAUCGUGUCGCCUUCGUGUGCUUGAGCUGACUACCGUAACUUAUGGCACUGCAUCCGCUCCGUUUUUGGCUACAAGAGCUCUGCUACAGUUGGCAAUCGACGAGUGA